AUGUACUAUUUUCACACAUGGAAGGCCGAAGAGCUUGAUGAGCCAUCCCUGUCGUCAGCAGAGCAGCAGGGACGUGGCCGCUGGAAAUUGGUUUGCGCUGGUCUCAUCGCAGCAGCUGCAAUCUUCGUCACUGUGAAGGGUGUCCGCAAAGCUUCUGUGUCCCUACGUGGCGCAGCGGACGUGGCGCUGUGGGAAGUCGCGACGAACCACUGUGGUGGAACCUUCGAGGUUGCUGGCAUGGGGACAGUUCACCUCAUCAAUGCCGAAGGGAACACACCAGGCGAUGCAGCGAGCAAUCCAUGGAUCGAGGACUCCAAGAUCAACCUUGCUAGCCAAGCCCGAGCCUACUGGGGCUCUGCCUGCAACCCGCAAGGCGGUUACUCGCAAGAAGAUUACCUGGAUGUGCCGCUGCUGAACAGACGGCUGCAGUACACAACCGACCUCAGUGGCGCGGGAUGUGGCUGCAACACGGCGUUUUACCUCGUGUCCAUGACUCGUGGCAAUACCUGGGAGACGAACUGCAAGGACUACUACUGUGAUGCAAUGAGCGUUUGUGGUGUGCGAUGCCUGGAACUUGACAUUCAAGAAGCGAACACGCGCGCCUUCCAUAGCACCUUUCACGACCUGCGCUCGGAGAAGGACAACUUCAUCGGAACCGGCGGAGGGUCCGCCCUUUACGUGGCCACUCCUGGCAUAAAGCUCCCAGGCGGCGCUGAAUGGCUUGGGCCGCGGGACUGGUCGGCCAACCAGUAUGGUGUCAACGGCACGUGCAUCAACACCGCGAAGAAGUUCCAAGUGGCAAUUGAGUUCCCUGUUCAGGAAGGCACUGAGCAGCUGAAGAGCAUCGAUGUGACGCUCAUGCAAGAUGGUUGCAGUCUGCGUGCGUCCAAGUACGACCAGGCAUUGCUGCAAGCUUUCAGCGACGACCUGAAGAAGGGGAUGACGCCUGUGCUGAGUUACUGGAACGACGCCAAGAUGACCUGGCUUGAUGGCAAUGGCAUGGGCGAGGAGGCAAUGUCGUUCUGCAGCAAAGAGGAUGAUCUUCGCAGAUCGUGCUCAAAGACCGUCUCCUUCGACGACUUCUCCAUCGCCCCGCUUACGGAAAUCGUGAGCAUGUGA